AUGAAAAGUACUUAUUUAAUCAAAGAUGUUAUUUAUGAAAAGAAUCAAGAGAGAUAAUUUUAAUUUCAUAAAAACAAAUUGAAAGAGAUACUUUCAUAAGUAUUUUAUCAAAUAAUAGUUCUAGCCAUUACAAUUAAAUUCAGAUGGGAUUAUGUAAAAAUUAAAGCAUAAACAUGAAUAAAUGAAACUAACACAACAAUUCUAAACUUAAUAAUAAAAUAUAGAAAAAUCACGAAUAGAUAAAAAUUUAAUGUUAAAACUAUUAAAUAACAAUAAUAAAUCAAUGAAUGGUGCAUAAUCAACAACACGUUCAAAUAAUAGAAGUUCUAAAGUCAAUAUGUAUUUGAAUACAAUAAAUAAUGAAAAUAAAAGUCUAGCAAUUAGAAUAUAUUCACUACCAUCAGUCAUUAAUUCUUAAAAACAUCAAUAAGAUUAUUAAAAUCAUAAAUCUGAUUUAAGAAUUAUGUAGAGAUUUCAUAAAUCAAAAUUAUAAACAAAUUAAGAUACCAUUACUUAAUAAAUAUAAAACAUAUUAGGAAAAGGAUUUGAAGGAUCAAAAUAUUCAAACAUUAAUUUUCUAAAAUAAGUAGGAAAACAAAGUAAAUUCUUAUUUAUAAUACCACUAUAAUUAAGUUUGUUUUCAAAAUUUAGUAAUAAUAACAAUAAUCCACCUCAUUUUCAAAUAAAAGCAUUUAAUGAAUAAAAAUAUUUAGGAGAAUCUAAAUCAUUAUAACUUAAUGAAUUUCUUGGUUCUUUAAUGGGAAUUGUAGUUUCAUCUGAUAUUUAUACUAUUAAAUUUACACUUUUUAAAAUUAAACAAAAUGAGGAUGUAAAUAUUUCAUAAAAUUCUGAUUAGUUUGAGUUGGGACAUUUUUUAUUCACUGAAUCAGCUUCCCCAAUAAAAAUUAAAUAGUUAAGAGAGAAUUUGGAAGUUUAAAUCAAUGAUCCCAUUGAAUGCUAUUUAAAAAAGGAGAUUAACAAUGAAUAGGUUUGUGUGGGAUUAUUUGAAUACUAGAUAAUUUAAUUUUGUUAUUGUUUAAAUAAAAAGUAUUUUACCAUUGAUUUACUAGUACAUAAAUAAAGAAAGAUAAUUUAUUAUAACCGUAAUAUUUAAUUGAAGUAGUAUAACCAUCACCAUAGAAAUCAGUUUAAAAGAGUUAAUCUGAAGUGGAUAAAUUGUAAUUAGAUUGA